UCGUAUAGCUAGUUGAUUUUCAUUUGUAGUCUUGUAAAAUGACAUCUGUGCUCGUGCCUAUACUCGUGUUUAGUAUUGUGUUCAAUUUAGUUGUAUACACUUCAGCUGCGCCGACCUUAAUUCAAGACAUUCUAGACGUAUUUGGAAAUCCAUUUAAAGAUUUUAAAAAAUCGAUUUUGCAAGAAACACAAGUUAACGCAACUUAUGUCGAAGAUAAUCUUACCACGAAACCACCCGAUAACAGUGCAGGUAAAAUGAUCGAUGUGCCACUAAACCACAGUGCGUGUAGCCAAGGUACCUAUCUGGAUAGCAGCGGCGUCUGCAGGCAGCCUUGGCAGUAAUGUGUAAGUGAAUCACACUGCGGCGUAGUACACACAAUUGAUUACGUCAAAAUGGACGCGAAAUUUGUGCUAUUCAUAACUGUCAUAAUAUUAGGUACAUGUUUACAAGUAGAAACGGGUGUGGUUUUUAAUUUUCACGAUAAACUUAAAAUGGCAACUUCUACAACUACCGAGAAUGUUCAAGCUGGACAAAUAAUUAGAGUACCAGAAUUGGAAUGCCCGCUUGGCCAAAGACGCGACUCGUUGGGGAACUGCAGACAAAGGUUUUAAUGCUAAAUAUUUAUAUAAGUAAAACAACAUACAACUAUAUGCAGACUAUAAAGAUACCAGGAAAAUGAACGAAUAACAAACUAAGAUCUUAGUGUCUGGAAUUAUUUUUUCUGUGCGAUAAAUGACGUUUUAUCGUUUCUCUGAAUUCGACAAGUAACUGACUACUGAUAAACUUUAAAAGGUCUCGGAGUUAUCAUUGUGCUGAGAUACCUCGUGGAAGUCAGUUAAGAGAAAAUUAUUUAUUAGGGUAAGCGCAUAGAAUACGCCGUCAAAAUGAAGUUAUUUUUUAUAGUUUCGUGCGUUGCAAUAUUAGCAAUUAGCUGUUCUAGUCCGGUUAAUGGAGAUUUGAAUGGAUUUUUUGGUGAUAUUCACAAGAAGGUGCAUCAUGCCGGGCGUGGUGUGGGAAAGUUAUUUAAAUUGGAAAAUUCGGAUACGCGCAAUGAAGCGAGGAUAGUUUUUCCAGAUGACGAUCAAGAUGUUGCGCCAAGGCGUGAGCAACCUAAAAUAACCACAAAGGCACCUACGACAGAGGCACCGACCACGACAACCACUGCUGCAAACACUGCUGAGACAACGACCACAAAAGAAGGAAGAGAAAACUUUGCAGGGGGUUGUGCCACGGGCUUCUUGCGUACUGCGGAUGGUAGAUGCAAACCUACAUUUUGACUAAAUAAUUAAAAACAAAACAUGAUUAAUAAAUUCAACAUAACUAUUUUUUAUUUGAUUUUUAGUAAAAUAUUAAAAUAUUA